AUGGCGCCACAAGUACAGAAUGCACCAACGAUCGAUCGAUCGAUUACCCUUGAUCUCGUUGGUGACUGGGGUCAAGCGACUUUUCACAAGAUCCUCGGGUGGUUGAGUCAAGAGUUUUGCGAUCGUGCUGGGCCCAGGUCACGAACUCGCACAUGGACUGUCUGUGGUGGUGGUGUUGAAGCAAUCCCACUCGUACAUAAUGGAGAAGCAGAUCUGUGUGUCGUAACCCCUAAUCAAUUGAUGGCGGGAGCGAUUUCAGGACAGGGCAUCUUCGCACAAUACGGCUCUAUGCCACAUCUCAGAGCUUUAGCUGUACUACCGCAACGCGAUCGAAUGAUACUUGCCGUUCAUCCUAAACUCGGCGUCCAAUCAUUCGAAGAUAUCCGCCAGACGGCACCUGCACUUGAGAUUGCCACCUCCAAGGACGACGGCACCAGUUUUAUUGGCUACGUCGCCACGCAGCUUCUGGCUGCUCAUGGUAUUACCACUGAAACAUUGCGAAAGUCGGGUGGGAAAUUCGUCGAAUUCACUCGGCCUCAUGAAUGCCUCGCGGCUGCAAUUGACGGGAGAGCAAACGCUGUAAUUCAAGAAGCCAUCAUGCUUCCAGAGUGGAAUGAAUUGGUGGAAAAACAUGGCUGGAUCCCUAUCCAGGUCGAAACCGCAGCAAUAAAAAGUCUGUUGGUACCAGGCUUCAGUGGUGACAGUCUACCUGAACACUUUUGGUCAACAAGGCCGGAUGAAAUCCACGCCAUUGACUUCUCAGACUUUCUCCUCGUCGUUCGGGAUGACAUGCCCAGCGACGUGGCUGAACUUCUCACUUGGUGUCUAGUCCAUACAAGAGCGAAUCUCGAACGUCAAUUCAAGCAUAUCCCGCCGGAGAAAUGUGCAUUGACCUAUCCUUUGGACCCGGUUGCAAUGUCCAAAACAUCACUUGAACUACAUCCUGGUGCACGAAAAGUCUAUCAAGACAUCGGAGUGCUGAGAGGUUAA